AUGAUCAGAGCAGCAGUCACUGAGGCGAAAGUGAAAGGUGCAACCCCACUCGAAGGGCUAUACGAAUACCUUCCAACGAACACGGAAGAACUGAAGAAGAACGAAUGUUAUGCUGCUGGAUUCGCUUUCGCGGUUAGAACUGCAGAUACUGUCCAGCUAAUGAAGUGGGACGUAUUAUGUGCACUAGAAAAGGAUUGUAUGGCACCUCCUGGAGCGAAGCUCAAGUGCUCUUUCGAAAAAGACAAUUACAGGAAAUACGCAAACUGCCACAGGUUUGCGCAGGACCUUGCAUUCAAUGAAACUAAAGAUGUAGCGAACAUGUCAAUGUUGCUGAAUGUAAAGCGAGCACUGGACCAUACAGCUCUUUUAGUUUGA